AUGUUAACAACGGCCGCUCCCUGUUUAGCUCUUUUGAGGGAGGAUGAUCCUGAAGUUAAAAGAUAUGCUUUAACGUCACUCAAUGAGGUAGUAGACCAGUUCUGGGCUGAAAUUGCCAAUGAAAUAUCUCAAAUUGAAGAGCUGUAUGAGGAUGAAUCUUUCAAAGAUCGUCAGUUAGCGGCGCUACUGGCCUCCAAAGUUUACUACAACCUAGGAGAUUAUGAUUCAUCGGUGAAAUACUCACUAAGUGCUGGGUCAAGUUUUAACAUUGAUGAAAAGUCUGAAUUUGUGGAAACCAUUGUCUCCAAGUGCAUUGAUCUCUACAUCGAGAUAUCUCAGAGCAAAUUUCUUGAUCCUGAAGUUGUUAUUGACUCACAACUGGAAUCUAUCUUUGAAAUGAUGCUACAGAAGUGUGUUCAGGAAAAGGAAUUAAAGUUGGCUCUGGGUAUAUCAUUAGAAAGCUAUAGACUGGACAUUGUGGAGAAGAUCAUACACUCCCAAAUUUCAGAGCUUACUCAAGAAGAUACUGAUGAUAGUGAAGCCAGUCAACUUAUUAAUUAUGUUUUGACUUGCGCCACCACAGUUGUAAAAAACAUUGCAUUCAAGGUCAAAGUGUUGAAUUCAAUUGUGCUAAUAUUGAGAAAUCUUCCUAACCCUGAUUAUUUCAUAAUUACAAAAAUCAUUGUUCAGCUGAAUGAUCACAAUCUUGCCCACCAAGUGUUUGUGAAGCUUCUUUCAACUGAAAAUUACCCAAUAGCUUACCAAGCUGCAUUUGAUCUAGUCAGUUCGGCAUCACAGGAAUUACUGAUCAAGACCACUCAGCUUUUGACAAAUGAUUCUUCGAUUGAUGCUUCAUCGAAACCAAUUGCAAAACUACUGAAAGUUCUUUCUGGUGUUCCAACUUGCGACUUAGACAUAACCUUUCUUUAUCAAAAUAACAACACCGAUAAAGGGAUAUUGGAUAAGACAAAGGCAACGUUAGAUGCAAGAAAUUCUCUUUUUCACUCUGCCGUUACUUUUUCCAAUGCAUUCUUACAUGCUGGUACCACUGACGAUUCCUUUUUCCGUAACAAUCUUGAGUGGCUUGGGAAAGCUACGAACUGGUCUAAGUUCUCCGCCAGUGCUGCUUUUGGUGUCAUUCAUAAGGGAAAUCUUCUACAAGGUCGCACUUUAUUACAACCUUAUCUACCUGAAAAUAACGGAUCUCCAUACACGAAGUCUGGUUCCUUGUUUGGACUGGGACUUAUAUAUGCAGGUCAUGGAAAGGAAGUUUUGGAUUAUUUAAGAGGCCAUCUUCUUUCCGGUACCAACAAUGCCGACAACUCUGAUUUUGAUGUUCUUCUACAUGGAGCAGCUCUAGCCGUCGGUGUGGCAGGAAUGGGGUCUAAUGAUGAAGAAGUUUACGAAGAGCUCAAAACAGUGCUUUACACCGAUUCUGCUGUGUCAGGACAAGCUGCAGCUUUGUCGAUGGGUCUGGUCAUGUUGGGAUCCGGAAAUCAACAGGCUAUUGACGAUAUGUUGCAUUAUGCGGAGGAGACUCAACACGAAACAAUUAUUCGAGGAUUGGCUGUCAGUAUUGCACUACUCUGUUAUGCUAAGGAAGAUGCAGCGGAGCCUGUGAUUGCCAAGCUUUUAGUUCACCAAAAUGCUCUUUUAAGAUACGGUGGUGUUUUUGCUUUGGCCCUUGCUUAUUGUGGUACCUCCAAUAAUUCUGCUAUUCAGCGACUUCUUCAUAUUGCUGUUUCAGACUCUUCGGAUAAUGUCAGAAGAGUUUCAGUUAUAGCUCUUGGAUUUAUUCUUUUGAGAGAAUACACAACAGUCACAACAUUAGUUGAACUAUUAGCUGAAUCUCACAACCCUCACGUAAGAUAUGGUACUGCUAUGGCAGUUGGUAUUGCAUGUGCUGGUAGAGGAUUGAAUUCUGCAAUUGAGUUUCUAGAACCCCUUACGAAGGACCCUGUCGACUUUGUAAGACAAGGCGCUUUCGUCGCAUUGUCUAUGAUUUUGAUCCAACAGAAUGAGAAAACCUGCCCCAAGGUCAAGCAAAUUAGAGAGAAACUGGCUAAAGUUAUUGACACAAGAAUGGAAGAGUCAUUGGCUAAAUUUGGAGCUGUCCUAGCUCAAGGUAUUAUUGAUGCAGGUGGCCGUAAUGUAACCAUUCAGCUAGAAAACAGUCAAACUGGUACGUUAAACCUGAAGUCGGUUGUUGGACUUGCUGUUUUUGUCCAAUCAUGGUACUGGUUCCCAUUUUCACAUUUCCUUUCUUUGUCAUUUACGCCAACAUCGAUCAUUGGUGUUAGAGAUGACUUCAAAGUUCCAAAGUUCAAGAUUAAUUGUCACACAAGCGAAGAUUUGUUUAGUUAUCCUCCAAAAGUUGAAGAGGCCAAGACCAAGCAAACAGAUAAAUUGGCAACAGCGAUCCUUUCUACUACUGUUCGGGCCAAGGCUAGAGCUAAGAAGAGGCAAGAGAAAGAAUCGGAUGCUAUGGAUAUCGAUAAACCUGACGAGGAAUUUCCAGCUGUCAAAGAAGAAACAAAAGACAACGAAGAAACAAAUAAAAAGCUGGAAACCACAACUUCCAAUGUCGAAACUGAACAGCCCACAACUGAAGAGUUCACCAACAAUUCGACUAAGACCAACUUUGUCAGCACUCCUUAUCAGAUCGAUAAUAUGUCAAGAGUUGUUCCUGCCCAGUUAAAAUACAUUUCCUUUAUUAAGGACGAAAGGUAUCAGCCUGUUCGAAAGUUUAGAGGUACUGGUGGUAUCGUUGUUCUACACGAUUCAAGACCCGAUGAGCCAGCCGAUACUAUCAAGACUGUGAGACAGUUGACCAAUAAGAAUGCCCCUCUUCCGGCACCUUUCACUCUAGAAGAGGAAGACGAAUAG